AUGGCUCAGACACAACGAGCUCGCUAUUUGAAGACCGGAGCGGUUGUUGGCUUCGUUCUGUUAAUGCUUCUAUGGCUUUCGCCGUCCAAGCCCUCCGUGAGCCAUUUUGGAGGAUCCCAGAAGCCUUCGACUGGCGCACCGUCUUUGACUGAGAAGUGCACCAAGCCGUACGACUCUUCCAAGCCCCUGAUCCAGUAUGCGCUCAUGAUCGAUGCCGGUAGCCAGGGCUCCCGGAUUCACGUCUACCGUUUCAACAACUGCGGCCCCACCCCCGAGCUCGAGAACGAGGUCUUUGAGCAGACUGAGAAGAGGCAAGGCGGCUCUGGCUUGAGCUCUUACAAGGAGGAUGCUGAGGGAGCGGCGAAGAGUUUGGAUCCUCUCAUGCAGGUGGCCCUUAAGUCGGUGCCUGAGGAGUACAGGUCAUGCUCACCCAUUGCCGUUAAGGCCACUGCGGGUUUGCGCAUGCUUGGCAAUGAGAUGAGUAUGAAGAUUCUCGAGGCCGUCAGGACCCGUCUCGAGACUGUGUACCCCUUCCCUGUCGUGUCGCGGGAGAAGGGUGGUGUCGAAAUCAUGGAUGGCUCGGAUGAAGGUGUUUAUGCCUGGAUUACCACCAAUUACCUUCUUGGCAAAAUUGGCGGACCGGACGAGACCCCCACUGCUGCCAUCUUCGAUCUGGGCGGUGGUUCUACUCAAAUUGUCUUCCAGCCCACCUACCCCAAGAGCCCGUCCGGCGGUAUGCCCGAGCACCUGGCCGAAGGUGACCACCGGUAUGAUCUUGAGUUUGGUGGUCGGCACUUUGAGUUGUACCAGCACUCUCACCUGGGCUACGGACUCAUGGCUGCGCGGGAAGCGGUUCACAAGGCCAUCGUCGAGGCCAAGCUUGCCGCCAGCCCCACUGACUUGGCCUGGCUGGAUCAGCCUAUCUCGAACCCUUGCAUUGGACCUGGUAUGGAGCGCAAGGUUGACUUGUCUUUCGAUGCCGGCCACGCUCUUGCUCCCAAGGUCAGCAUCAAAAUGGUGGGUCCGAAGGAAGGAUCCUCGGCCGCACCUCAAUGUCGGGGUCUGACUGAGAAAAUUCUCAAGAAGGAAGCCGACUGCAAGUUGGCCCCCUGCUCGUUCAACGGAGUGCACCAGCCCUCCCUGGCCAAGACCUUCGCUCAGGAAGACGUCUAUGUUUUCUCCUACUUCUAUGACCGGACCAAGCCCUUGGGCAUGCCGGAUUCCUUCACUCUGGAUGAGUUGCAUCACCUCACCUCGACCGUCUGCGCCGGCAAGCCGGAGUGGAAGAUCUUCGAGGGCAUUGAUGACGCUAUUCCUCAACUUCUCGACCGCCCUGAGUGGUGCUUGGAUCUGAACUUCAUGCUGGGUCUACUUCACACGGGUUACGAGAUGCCAUUGUCUCGUGAGGUCAAGAUCGCCAAGAAAAUCAAGAACAACGAGCUUGGUUGGUGCUUGGGCGCUAGUUUGCCUCUCUUGAGCCAGGAGUCUGGCUGGACAUGCCGAAUCAAGGAGGUGUCCUAA